AUGGAGAGCUACCCCAUAUCCUUGGCAGAAGAAACCAUAAGGACAUUGAUGAGGAGCGCCCUGGAGGCCUGGAGCCGGGAGACGCAGCUCACCUUCUCCGAGAAGAGGAAGGACGAAGCGGAUAUUCGAGUAGGCUUUGUGGGAGGAACCCAUGGUGAUGGCUAUCCCUUUGACGGUCCAGGUGGAACGCUCGGUCAUGCCUUCUUUCCCGGAGUAGGGCCAAUCGCUGGAGAAACUCACAUGGACGCCGAUGAGCAAUGGACUUAUAACCAGGACCAAGGGACAGAUGUCUUUGCAGUGGCGGUACACGAGUUCGGACACGCUCUGGGGCUCUCUCACUCAUCUUCAGAGAAAUCUAUCAUGAAGCCAUACUACCAGGGGACGCUGGGAGACCAUCGGUAUUACAGGCUCUCGGCUGAUGAUAUCGAGGGGAUCCAGGCCUUGUAUGGUAAGUACACCAUUUCCAAUGACUCCGGCACUUAA